AUGGGUCCUAAUCUGAAACGCCGAAAAGUUGCUGCUGAGCCCAAAGUUGAAGAGGUCACUUUCGACAACGAUUCCCGCCAUGAAUACCUCACUGGAUUCCACAAGCGCAAAGUGCAGCGCGCCAAGCAUGCGCAAGAACUAGCUGCGAAGAGAUACAAAGAAGAGAGAAGGAUCGAAAGAAGAAAGAUUCGCGAAGAGCGCAAAAAGGACUUCGAAAAGGCUAUCGAAGAGCACGCAGCAGUACUCAAACGCAUGAAGGAAGAUGCUGGAGAUAUCAGCGACACAGAAGGCGAGAAAGAGGAAGAAGAUUGGGAAGGAUUUGAGGAGCCUCCAGCAGUGGACUACGAAGCCGAAUAUAUCGAUGAAGACAAAUACACAACGGUCACGGUUGAAGAAAUGGACGCAACCCGGGAAGGUCUGCUCAAGGCUGCAAGAGGAGAAGACUCAGAAACUGAAGAACCAAAGACAUACCCAGCCGAGUCGACAGAGGCUGACACAAAAAAGAAGAGAAGACCUCGGAGUGCAGCAUCAGAAGCGGCGAGGAAGAAGAAGAGAAACUUCCGUUACGAGACUAAGGUCGAGCGCAAACAAACAAUGCUCAAGCAGCGUGCUGUGAAGUCGAAGAGGGCAAAGGCGCGCAAGGAUACUAAGGAGACUUAG